CUGAGUUUAUAAAUCCGCUCCCUGACAGCGGGCUGCUCCCUGUUAGUGCUCCUGUCCCUCCGAGCGGGAUGGAGAGUCUGUGUCGCCUGUUGGUCCCUCUCCUGGCCCUGGGGGCCCUGUGUGCGGCUGUGCCUGUCAAAUUCCUCCAGUGUGAAUCUACAGCAGAACAAAUCAUAGUGGAUAUCACUCCCUGCCCCAUUCAACCAUGUCAUCUUCGCAAAGGGCAAACGUACAGUGUGAAUGUCACCUUCACUAGCACCACCUUGAGUAAGACCAGUGAAGCCAAGGUUUUUGGUAUCCUAGAAGGGCUUCCAGUUCCUUUUCCUAUUCCUAACCCUGAUGGUUGUAAAUCUGGAAUUAAAUGCCCCAUCCAAAAGAACGUGAAAUACAGCUACGUCGCUUCACUACCAGUGAAAGAGACCUACCCAAAGAUUAAGUUGGAGGUUAAAUGGGAACUGAAGGAUGCGAACAACACAGAUAUCUUCUGCUGGAAGAUUCCAAUCCAGAUUACUGACUAAACCAGAUCACGAAAUACUAACCCCAACAAGUGCUCCUUGUAUCUGGAUACUGUGGAUAAUUAAGCCAGACUUCUUUGGAAGAGAUUUUUUGAUAUUUUUACAAAAUCUUGUAAUUUUGGAACACAGUUUUUAAAAUUUAAUUAUGAAUUGUCCUUUGAUUUAAUGCUAAGAGUUCUUGUAACUUAACCUUAUUAGGCCAUUAAAGGCAUUAACUACAA